CGCGAUGAUGACCAACCAAAUAGCGGUAACAUCGGACCAUUUGUACCGCAGCAGUGUAGUCAUUACUGUGCGUGAGAACUCAUGUUGAAAUAUGUAGCUAUUUUUUAUAUUAUAAUUUAGUCGUAAACUUAGGUACGUUUAUUUUACUUUGGCUAGAGGUGUUUUGCGCCCUUCGAAGUAAUUACGUUAUUGCAGAGAGAGGUUUACAGGAUUAGAUUUGCAGAGAAAGAAGGGCGAUUAGACAGAAAGAUGUUCGAGACAGAAGGGUACGUCUUCAUUUUCCUGGAUGUCACCUGCGUUGUCCUCGCUGGACUUCCAUUUGCAAUAUUAAAUAUACAACACAGCCCUUUCAAAAGAGGAUUUUUUUGCAGUGAUGACACCAUCAGGUAUCCCUACAAAGAAGAUACUAUAUCGUAUCAGCUGCUAAUGGGAAUAAUGAUUCCAUUCAUAUUAUUUGUAAUCAUUGGUGGAGAGUGUAUUUCCAUAUACCUUAGAUCUAGAUCCUCCUUAAUGAAUGUCUAUAUAGCCUGCAUCUACAAAACUGUUGGGUCAUUUAUUUUUGGAGCUGCAAUAAGUCAGUCACUGACUGACAUUGCAAAGUACACCAUUGGUCGACUGAGGCCACAUUUUUUGAGCAUAUGCAAGCCCAAUUGGAGCCUUGUGGAUUGUAAAUCAGGUUACAUUGAGAACUUCUCUUGCACUGGAGAUAAGACACUGGUCACUGAAGGCAGGCUUUCAUUUUUUUCUGGACAUUCGUCCUUUUCUAUGUAUUGUAUGCUGUUCCUUGCACUGUACCUUCAGUCGAGAAUGAAGGCAGAAUGGGCUCGACUGAUAAGGCCAACUAUCCAGUUCUUCUUAAUUUCAGCAUCUGUGUAUGUGGGUCUGUCACGGGUUUCAGACUACAAACAUCACUGGAGCGAUGUUCUCACUGGCUUCAUUCAGGGAGCUGUUGUGGCAAUAUUUAUAGUGUUCUGCGUGUCAGAUUUCUUUAAGGCCCCACGCAAAGGAGACAAAGAGGAAAUCUCACACACCACCCUGCAGGAGACCACGAAUGAUAUGGGCCACUAUGGGAGCACUGAGUGAGGAGGCUAAAUUGCAUAAAAUUUUCAGACCGCUUCCAUUAGAGAAGGACAUUUGACUGAAACCUCAAGUAUAAUCAUAUAUAUGUAGUCAAUGUUUCACAGACCAAACCUAUUGUAGGUUUUAAACUGUAAUGCAACCACAACUGAAUCUGGAUGCUUCUGAAUUUGUUUGUCUUCCCUCCACGUGAAAUGCAGUGUCCCAUUGAGUAUCUAUUUGAAAUGGAAGGUUAUGUAUAUGACUGGGGUUCAAAAACUUACUUGACGCCAACCUUCAUAGGUUCUUGAGUCUUUUGUGUAUUUAUUCCUUGUAUAGUACAAAUACCAAAGUCAGCACCUUGCAACUGUUACCACAUGUAGAUAUGCCUAUAAUAUGUCUUAGCUGCAUUACAUUCAUUCUCUGCCUGUUCUCUUCAAUUGUCAUAGAUUCAUAUAGUAAUUUAAUUUAUAAAUAUGGCCUUAAAUAUUAUCACAAGUCUUAAAAAGAACCCAAUUGAGGCAAAAAAUAAUUGAAACAAAUGAGACAAAAAUUGUUGCUAACAUUUGUGUUCAGUAUUUUGUGUGGGCCCCUUGAGUAGCAAUAAAUGGAACUGAACAUUUUCGGUAACUGUUGAUCAGUCCUGCACAUCAGCUUGGAGAAAUUUUACCCCAUUCCUCAGUACAGGGCAGCUUCAACACUAGGAUGCUGGUGGGUUACCCUAUGAUGCAUUGCAUGACCCACUUUCUCUUGAGAUCAUUGAUAGUUGAUUGAUAGUAGUUCUGACAUUUUUCUUUAGAAUUCACUGGUAAAAUUAAGAAUAAGAUGUCGUGGCCCAGAUGCAGCAAGACAGGCUUAAACCAUAAUACUACCACCACCAUGUUUCACAGAUGGGAUAAAGUUAUUAUGCUGGGAUGCAGUAUUUCCUUUUCUGUAAACAUGAUGCUUCUUAUUUAAAAGUAUGAUGAUAUUUUUCUGUCAUUUUUUCUGAUCAUUAGGUCAUAUAUAUAUAUAUAUAUAUAUAUGCAGAAACAUAGAAAAUUCUUAAGGGUUCAUUUUCAAGCACCACUGUAUGUAAUCUUCUACAUCCUCACAUUCCUUACACUUCUUUACAGACUGCCAGGGCAGUCUCUCUAUUGACUAGAGGAGGCUGCAUAUAAAAAUUGCAGAAAUAGUUUGUAACACAUCCUGAUAGAAUAUUGUAUGAGGUAAUAGCAGACUGCACCUGCCAAUAUUGCUGAUAUGUUUUUUUUUUAUUAAUGAAGAGAAGCUCUUGAAAUGUUUCAAGUUUUGUGUGCUUCUGUGAAAUCACAAGUAAAGCUAUUUGUUUUUGCUAUUU